UCAUUCAUCGUCUAAACGUCAAUUUUGUUGCAAACAUGAAAGUAAUCGCAAAGAAAUUGCUGAAUUAUAUUGCCCAAACUGUGUGUUAGCAUUUUACGUACGUUUUAUUAGAUUUUGUGUAUGCUGCUGCUGAUAGAAUCUAUUUGUUUAUGAAUUAAUUCAUGUAUUAUUGUAAUGGCUUACACUGAGAAGGUGUCCCUUAGUGGAACCGCGCUGUCGUUUUUGCUAUACGAAUGCGUGAAUUCCGUCAAUAGUCAGGAGGGGUUUCUUAUUGGAGAUGUGACCUCAGUAAUAACUAACCAUAUAUCAGAUUCACAAAGUGAUAAUGCUCGCCUGGACACUCAAAUAGUAAUCCGAACAGUAUUACCAUUACCUUCAGUUGCUCUAUUUUAUUUACCUACAGGAAGGAUAAAAGAGGAUGUCUUAUCUGGACUAUUAUCUGACAACGCUAGUGAGAUUGUAGGGUGGUACAAAUAUAGAAAAAAUACGAACAUAAAACCAACUUUUAGAGACAAAUUAAUAUCAAAAGGUUUGCAAAAAUACUUUGAAAAGUACCAUGGAAAAAAAAAUUUUGUUACAUGCAAUUUGUCCAACAAAAUGUCAUCAACGGGAUCAACACAUACAUUUACAUACCGAUUUGGCAAAAUAAAUUGCUUUGACAUGUAUGAGUAUAUUGAAGAUGUGACAGCUAACCUGGGAGAAAAGCUCACUGGUUAUAAGAAAGCUAAUCGAAUUUCAGCAAAUAGUGUCUUCAAUAAAAUCAUUAAUGAAAGUAAUGUUCAAAGCAAGAACACUAGUGAUGCUAUUUUCCGUAUUCAAGAAGCUGUUGAUGUGAGACUAAUGAAAGAAGCUAAGUUAGCUGCAAAAAAUGAAAGUACAAUUAGAGAGUUGGAAGCUGAAAUAAGACAAAUGAGUGCUAUUUUGUCUGAAAAACAAUCUAUAGAUCUUCAAGCUGAAUAUAUCAAGUUGGUUGAAGAGAAAUUUGUGACAAGAGAAGUUGAAAUGGCAGAAGCUUGUGUAAAAGCUUUAGAAACUGCACCUGAUGUAGAUAUUUUAAAUGUCCCAAAUAUUCUUAUGAAUAGCAAUCAUCAAUCGGUCUGUGAAAAUUCAGUUCUGUUGGCUGAAGAUGACUCAAAUGACCGAAGUCCUAGCCCUGUUCUGCCUUCAACUUCCACUAAACCAGUUUUAAAUUAUGCUGCAGCAUUAAAAAAUAAAUCCGAAAUACCAUCAACAAGUAAAGCAAAUGUCUUUGAUGAAGAUCUAAUCACUUUCGAUGUUGAAGACAAACAUAUGAAGAGUCCUAUCCUUGUAAUAAAUGAUGAUGUCAAGGUAAAAUGUUUGGGUGACAGUUCACCUGAAUACUGACAAGUGCCUUAAAUUGUGGAAUAAUUAUUUGUUACCAUAUUAAGUUAAAACAUAAUUGUAUUACCAUUUUUUUUAUAAAUACUCAUUCUUACAUUGUUACUUAAUAGGAAUAUUUUUUUCAUAUUUACAACCAUAAAAGAACUGCAGAUAUUAUAAUCAGUGCUACAUUUCAGUAUAAUAUAAACAGAAAAUUAUUUAAUCUUUCAUAAUAAAGUCGUCUUCAAGUGAAUGCACCCUAUUUUGAGCAGAAUGUAAUUUCCAAUCUCAUGUAAAGGUCAGGCUGCAUUUGAUCGGCUGAACGGUACUUACUAUACAACGACGCUUACUGCGCCGCCGGCCACCCUACAAAUUUUAAAAAUAGUAUCUUGACGGUACGGACUUGUGUGCGCACAAAUGCGGCUCGACUUUAAAUCCACUGGGUGUGUUUACAAUUUUGUAUAUUGUGUAAUUAUUUCAUUUGUUUUCUUCACCCAUAACAUAAUUACUAUUAUGAACUGUCCAGUUAAAUGAAAGAUCGUACAAAUUUGGUUUCUCAUAGAUUUAUUCUAGGUAUGUUUUGGGUUCAAUUCUUUUUAACUUUUGACUGAGACAAGGGUUGACAAAAUAAUAAAAAGCUCAACUAUUAAAAUUACCCAAUAUUUGAGAUGGUAAUUUAGAUACUGCCCCUAAAAAUGCUCUACCUCUAACUUAUCUCCCCCUAUUAAAAUACCCGCGCUUACCUCAAGGAUUGCUUAUGGAUUUUGUAAUUAAAAAAAAAGUGGUAAUAAAGUAAUGGCGCAUAACUGAGUAGGUUCCUGCAGUAGUGGAGCAGUAAGGAGGUGACAUAUCUAACAGAACUGUCAAGGCAUAUAAUUAUGUCAGUGGGUCUACUAGAUAGCAUGCACUGGCAUGCACAUUUUAAGCGCAAACCAGUCGAAAGUGGUCGUAAGGCCUAUUUUUGUAUGGAGUUAAGACGGAUUCGAUUUUCGAUUCGAUCAAAAAGUGCAACUUGUCUAGGGGGGCAGAAGUCCUCAUUGACAUAACAAAACCACGGCCGCACUGCCAGGAACUCACUCCGCUAUGCCCCAUAACUGUAGGGAUAUUACUGAAUUGUAUACUGAUACAGGAUUUAAUAUUUUUGUCAUCAGUUUCUUGUAGAAUUCUAUAAUGGGGUAAUCAAAUCAAUAUAAAAUAUCUUGUACAGAAUAUUUUUAUAAUAGUAAAUAAGCAUUAUUUCAUUCAUAAUACUUAAAAGAAAAGUUUUCUUUAAUAUGUAGAAACAAAUUACGUUUUGGGUUAAAUAAAACCACUAUAAACUUUAAA